AUGUGGACCCUCGGCUGUGGAUACCAGUGCGGCAACCUCAAGAAUGCCCCCGGCGAAGCUCGGUUUGAACUACCUGUAAUAAUUGAACGAAUAAUUAGUACCUAUAUGUCAGUCAAGCUUCAGACCAUAUACAAAGAAACCAAUCAUACCCUAAGAUAUCCAUACAACUACUUUGCUCAGGGUUCAUCAAAUGGGUUUAGCAAUUCAAGAACUAGCAGAAUUACCUUUGUUGACCUUGGUGGUCCUGAAACUGAUGAACUUGAUGGUGCAGCAAGCAUUGCACGAAGGAGUUUUAUUUCGUCAUUCACAUUGUUUUGGGGGUCUCAAAGGUUGGUGGGCUGCACCGUCACCACAAACACAGAUCAUUUGUUUCCCCGUAUGGAGCUUGGAUGGGUGCCAUACCCACACCAGAUAGCCAUGGCAGUAUGGCAGUAUGGACACAUCACAAAUUCAUCAAUGCGAUUAAUAUUUUGUCACCUUGUUCCAGAGCUCAAGUAUGAUGGAUGCAUGGUCGUGUAG